AAGUAGCAAAAGUAAUCAGAGGAUGAAACAAGAGAUUUAUGCCCAAUCUCCCUAUGCGCUCAAACGUGCAGUGCAACAACAACUAUCUCCACGAGGAAGACAAUAGGGAGGAGGAGGAGGAGGAGGAGGCCAGAAAAGUGGCACAAGAGGUUCUCCUACGAGACUUUGCUUCAACCUUUUCCAUCAAAGAUAGUUUCGGUUAUAUUCAAAAUUUGUAUGCAGAUAACAUGUUUGAUGAAUUUCUCAAAUGAAUUGAAACAAUCUUGCCUUCAUAUUACAAGUACCCUCAAGUGUCCCUCUAUUCCACAUUGCAGCCAACAUCUGCAUCUUCCCAGUUGCAACAUUGUUGGUGGACUAGAUAAUCUAGAGUUAACUUUAAAUAAUUUGAGGGUUCUUUGACUUUGUCUCUUGCACCUCAAGCUAUUGAUUCCAUUAUACAUCAGGCACACACUACAAGACUUAUGGUCUAAUCAAACUUUUAGUCCUGUAGCCGACACUUUUGUUAAACCGGGAAAACAAAGAUGAAGCAUUGGGUAUUUUCAAGAACUUAGAUGAUGCAUUGUUGAUUGUUAGGCUUGGAUGUUGAUUAAAACUUGUGUUCCUGCAAGCGGGAAAAGAGUUAUUCAAGAGCAUGUCUUCUCGUUACUUCAAACCUGCAAAACCGAAACUAAUAUCGUUCAAAUUCAUAGCCAAGUAGUUCUCAAUGGCCUCUCUCACAAGAAUAAUAUCAUCACCAAGCUUCUUUCAUUCUAUGCAGUCUUUGGUAAACUCCAACUUGCCCACAAACUUUUCAUUAAAAUCAAUAAUCCAAAAACCACCGUUUGGAACCACAUGAUUAGAGGCUAUGCUAGCAGCCAUACACCUUGGAAAUCUGUUCAAUAUUACAACCAAAUGUUGUCAACUGAGUCUGAACCUGACGGGUUCACAUACUCGUUUCUCUUGAGUGCUUGUGUGCGAGGUGGGUUGGUAAGAGAAGGGGAACAAGUGCAUGCGAUUGUUUUGGCAAAAGGGUAUUGCUCAGAUGUGUUUGUGAACACUAAUUUGAUAAAUUUUUAUGCAGAUCGAGGUGGUGUAGAGCAAGCACGCUAUGUGUUUGAUGAUAUGACUCAAAGAAGUGUUGUUAGCUGGAAUUCUAUACUUGCUGGGUACGUUAGGUGUGGUGAUUUUGAUGCUGCGACAAAGGUUUUUGAAGAAAUGCCACUUAGAAAUGUUGUUUCUUGGACGACCAUGAUUGCUGGGUGUGCUCAGAAUGGGAAAUCUGUACAAGCUUUGUCGUUGUUUGGUCAGAUGAGGAGAGCACAUGUGGAAUUGGAUCAGGUGGCGUUGGUGGCAGCUUUAUCAGCAUGCGCUGAAUUAGGGGAUCUGAAGUUAGGAAGAUGGAUCCAUUGGUAUGUUCAAAAGAGGCAACAACAACCCUCUGUCCGCUUGAAUAAUGCACUCAUGCACAUGUAUGCUAGUUGUGGAAUCAUUGAUGAAGCUUAUCAAAUGUUUACCAAGAUGUCUCGGAAAACCACUGUGUCUUGGACUAUCAUGAUCAUGGCUUUUGCAAAACAAGGUCUUGGGAAGGAAGCACUUGAUCUGUUUAAAGAUAUGCUUAGUGAUGGCGUGGGGAAAAGUGGGGUAAGGCCUGAUGGAACAACCUUCAUUGGAGUUCUUUGUGCUUGUAGUCAUGCCGGGUUUGUAGAAGAAGGACGCAGAAUUUUUGAAUCGAUGAUACAUACUUGGAGAAUCAGCCCACAGAUUGAACACUACGGAUGCAUGGUUGAUCUCUUGAGCCGUGCAGGUUGCUUAGAUGAAGCAUGUGGACUAAUUGAAACUAUGCCUUUUAAGCCUAAUGAUGCAAUAUGGGGCGCCCUUCUUGGUGGUUGUCGAAUACACAAGAAUUCAGAGCUAGCAUCACGAGUUGCAAAGAAGUUAGUUGCUGAGCUCGACAACACUGAUCAGGCUGCAGGCUAUCUUGUGCUCUUGUCGAACAUAUAUGCUUUUGCCGAAAGGUGGCAGGAUGUUAUUGCAGUGAGACAGAAAAUGAUUGAGAUGGGUGUGAAAAAACCUCCAGGCCAAAGUUGGACCCAAAUUAAUGGGGUUGUUCAUAAUUUUGUGGUGGGUGAUAUGACUCAUAAGCAUUCAUCUUUAAUUUAUGAAACCCUUUGUGAGAUUACUGAGCAAGCCCGUAUGGAAGGCUAUAAACCAGACAUAGCAGAGAUUCUCUUGGAUGUUGAGGGGUAGCAAAUAUAAGAAGAACAUAAUACAGUUAUUUUUGCAUACAUGAGACAUUGAAAGAAUUCAUUACUGUAGCUGAGUCAGACGUGGCAGAUCUAAUAUAAAUUAUAUUCUAUGGUGGGUAAUAAUGCUGAUGCACUUGCACUGUACUUUAUUGAGGAUCCUGCUCGAUUCCCAUGUGAGCAAGGGUGCUCAUGUCCCGCAUCGAGUAGUAUGGGAUGCUCGGUGGAGUAUUUAAAAGGCUUAGUUCUUCCUUCUUCAUAGCUAGCUUUUAAAGGAGGGUUCUCUAAAGGCUCAGAUACUAAUCAUAGGCUUGAUGUAGAAAAUGGUUUUCUUCUCUAGGUUUAGGAAGCAUGCUUGUACUUCUUUUUUUUAAUGUUUCACACAGAAUCCGCACCAAGCUACUUCAUGGCUUUUCUAUAAGAUGAGAGGCAUUGUAAUGAAUUGAUAGAAAUGCAUGUUCUCCUUGGCUCUUUGUGUCAGCAUCGCUGUAAAGAAAGGCGGUGAAAGGUGGAGGUGUGAGAGAGAGAACAGUAAGGAAUAGUAAAAUGAAUAUAGGGGAUUAUUAAAAUGGGAGAACUGAACUGAAUGAAGUUUCAUCACCCAUGUGUGAUUAGGUUUUGUUUGGAAAAUGUAUUGACACAUAAUGCAGUGUAGGCUCCUUUGCAGCAGUGGAGGCUCCUAUGCAGUUGGAUUACAUAUAUUUAGAAUAUUGAUGGUCGCUCACUCAAAAUUUGAUAGUUUGAAUUCAAACUCAAUAUUUUAAAUUGUAAAA